AUGGCUGAUGUUAAGGUUCUCGAAAAUGAUAAAAACAUUGAAAACGAAGAGGAGGAAGACGAGGGUGAUUGUAUAGAAGAGUCAGAAAACAAAGACCCUGCCAAAAAGAAAAAAAAGAAAAAGAAGAAGAAGAAGACAGCGGGAACUGAAGUUCCGGCUGAGAAUGACUCGGAGGUAUCAGUGAAACCAUUAACAAUUGAAGAAAAUGCAGUUGACGGAGAUGAAAAGAAAAAAAAGAAGAAGAAUAAGAGCAAGGUUGCUGGGAAAGUCCAAACUAACCCUCCCACGAUUCCAAUUUCCGAAUUAUUCCCGGACGGUAAUUUCCCUGAGGGUCAGAUAAUGGAGCAUGGCCCUGCUGAAGGUAUCGAUGACAGAACGGCUAAAGACCGUUUUAGUAGUGAAGAAAAGAGGGCAUUAGACAGGAUGCAUAACUACAUUUAUCAAGAAAUAAGACAAGCUGCCGAGGCUCAUAGACAGACAAGAAAAUAUAUAAGAGACUGGAUAAAACCAGGCAUGACAAUGAUCCAAAUCUGUGAAGAGCUCGAGGCUACAGGAAGACGUCUCAUUGGAGAAGACGGUCUCAAAGCAGGACUGGCCUUCCCUACUGGCUGCAGUCGCAAUCAUUGUGCUGCUCACUAUACACCAAACACUGGUGACAAUACCGUUCUUGAGUAUGAUGAUGUAGUGAAAAUUGACUUCGGUACUCAUAUCAAUGGGCGUAUUAUUGAUUGUGCCUUCACACUACAUUUCAAUCCUCGUUAUGAUCCUCUCGUCAAGGGCGUUCAAGAAGCCACUGAAGCAGGCAUCAAAGCUUCAGGUGUCGAUGUCAGGCUUUGCGACGUUGGUGCUGCUGUGCAAGAGGUUAUGGAAUCACAUGAAGUUGAACUAGAUGGGAAAGUUUAUCAAGUCAAACCAAUUCGAAACCUUAAUGGCCACUCCAUUGGACCCUAUCGCAUUCAUGCUGGCAAGACUGUGCCUAUUGUGAAAGGUGGUGAAACGACAAGAAUGGAAGAAAAUGAAUUCUAUGCUAUUGAAACAUUUGGUUCCACAGGACGUGGCCAAGUUCAUGAUGAUAUGGAUUGCUCUCAUUACAUGAAAAACUUUGAUCAACAAUUUGUGCCUUUAAGAUUACAGUCAUCAAAGCAAUUACUCAACUUGAUUAACAAGAACUUUGGUACCCUCGCCUUUUGUAAGAGAUGGUUGGAGCGUGCUGGCGCGUCUCGUUAUGCUAUGGCCUUGAAGGAUUUGUGUGAUAAAGGUGUUGUGGAUGCUUACCCACCACUGUGUGACAUCAAGGGUUGCUACACAGCUCAAUUUGAACACACGAUCCUCCUAAGACCUACAUGCAAGGAGGUCAUCUCUCGUGGUGAUGAUUAUUAA